AUGUUGUUGUUGCGCAGGCGUUUUAGUAGGGAUGCUGCGGCGCUCGCUUGGGUGCGGCGCUCGCAUAUGAAACACGUUACCGAAUUUACACGUCCAGUCUUCCCGCAAUUAGUCACCCCGAUGGAACAGCUAGGCAAUGUUCUCCCUAAAGUUCAACAAGAGCUCCCAUUGUCAGAGUCCCUUGAAGUAGCUCUAUUGAACAUGUACACCGAAAUAACCAUCUUCUACGCAUACGCAAUCACUUUCUUUCGUAGCAAUCCAAAUGCUACCACUAGUCGUACGGCAUGGUCGAUGUUCAGCACAAGGUUCAAUGAGUCCAUGUCCAACCUUCAGCUUUAUUCAAGGAAAGUCGGCGAAAUAGCCGACAUGAUGCGAUUGCCCAACGAGAUCCAUACGGCCGAAACGGUGGAAGUAAUAAACAGUCUACAAAAGUUAAUGAUAUCAGACAGUGGAAAACCAUGCCACAUCAUACCGUACGGAUUGAGCCUGAAAUUUUACGGCAGGUCGGCAGAAGAAGAGGAACUAAAGAACUUUUUAGAUCCAAGAAGUGACGGCGACAACCUGAAAGUGGCGGCAAUAUGCGGCAUCGGCGGGAUCGGCAAGACUCAGCUUGCUCUUAAUUACGCUAACACUUCCAGAGAAACAUUCCAGGCUAUUGCAUGGAUUCAAGCUGACACCCAGACUAAGCUUGUCCAAAGUCUGUCCACCUUUGCGUCGAAGCUCGGCUUGCUAAAGAAGGAAGGCGGAGAGGACGAUUACCAAUCUGUCCAAAAGGUCAGGGACUGGCUGAAUAACUCAGGGAAGGCAUUUCUUCUAGUCUUUGAUAAUGUAGAAGAUUCCCGGAUCCUAAGCCAGAUAUGGCCGGCUAGUAACAAAGGAUCCAUUAUCAUCACCAGCCGCUCCCUAGCAGUCGCGGCCAGACGUGCCAAGAAGAUUAUGCAACUCAAGUCCUUCGAUGACGAUAUGGCUACGGGUAUCCUGUACGACUUAACAGGCCUUCAGCCGGCUGAUGAAGCGGAUGCAAAAGCUGCAAAGGAAAUAUGUGAGCUUAUUGGAGGCCUUCCGCUUGCCAUGGCUCACAUGAGUUCCCUCAUCCAAGACCGUGGAUAUACCUAUGAAGAAUUCCUUGCUUUAUAUAAAAAGCACACUGAGAGAAUAUUCGUCAAGGAUCAAUCUCAAAUCGACUACGAGCAUACAUUGAAUACCGUAUGGGACUUAUCGUUUCAAUCAUUAUCACAAAACGCUAGGGUUCUGCUGGAAUUCCUUUCGCUCUUCGACCCGGACAUGAUUCCUGAACGGCUGUUGAUAGGAACUAGAGCCGAGAAUUUAGAGUCUCGUCUAAAAUUCCUAAGCGACGAUUUCGAUUUCGGUGAAGUGGUGUCCGAGCUGAUUACUAAGACAUCCCUAAUAUGUCGGCUAACCACAUCCAAGUCCAUAUCCAUGCAUCGCUUGGUUAAGUUUGCGAUGCUUAUUAGAGUGCCGGAAGAUGAACAGACUUUGUACCUAGACAACGCAAUUCAACUGCUCUACCACGCAUUCCCUAACACAUGGGAUCAGCGAGGCCCUCAGCAAGGUCAUGGUUGGCGUUCAUGGGAGACUUGCAGCGCCAUUGUACCCCACCUGUCUUCCUUGAUGAGUCUACAAAAUCAGUAUAAUAUGAAGGCUACAAAUACUGAGGUUUUUGCUGAGCUGAUCUUCCGUAUUGGGACCUAUCUUUGGGAGAACGAACAACCGACCACAGCAAAGUCCUUCUUUGAGUACAGCCUGACACUGGACUUAGACCCUAAUAGUCGGAUAUGUGCGCAGGCAUACCGGAUAUUAGGACACAUCAACCUUGAUGUAGCCCAACCACGAGCGGCUCUCUCUGCAUACCAAAAAGCGUUAGUGGUUAGAGAGAAAAUCGAGGAACCAGAUUCGCCCGCUAUAGCCGAAGUUUACGAUUCGAUUGCGUGCAGCUACUCUGAGAUUGGAGAUGUUACGCUAGCGCUGGAGUACCUCGCAAAGGCGGAUGCUAUCAACUUCGUUCAAUUCAACGAGACGUCAGCCCGGACGCAGGCCAUAUACUCACUUGCUUACCUUCGAGGCAACCAACCCGAAAAGGCGCUCGAAGCCCUUAACCUCUGCUGGAAGCUGCAGAACAAGACCGAGGAGGAAAUCUCAAUCUCUCAAUACCCCAAGCAUGCUGGGGACAUUGUGCUAUUGGCCAGAAUACAAUACGCGCUUGGACGCAAGGAAGAAGGGCAACGGUUGGCUUCAAAAUCUAUCACUAUUCGCCGAGGCAUCUUCGGUGCCAAAGGCCCUCACGUCGCAGACUCGAUUUUCAUUGUCGCACAGAUGCUUGUAGCCGAGAGUGAAUUGCUCGUGAGUGCUAGGAUGUUUAGGGAGAUUAUUGACAUGAGCCGCGAUAUGGUGGAGAUGAGAGGCCACUUGGCAAGAGCGCUAUGGUUUUUAGCAUCAGUAGAGGACCGCCUUGACAAUCCUAGUGAGGUUGAACGAUUGAGGAGGGAGGCCAAAGUCGAAAGAGGUAGAAUCCAAGGCAGGGAAGCGCCGGAUGAAGACACAGACGAAGCAUUCAUGAGCUUGGUGGGAUGGAUGCUUUGGUAA